AUGUUUGUUAAAAUAAAUCAAUAUUUGUGCUCUGAAGAAGUCAAAAAAAUUUUGGAAAGUUUUAUAUUGAAGGCUGAGAAAUUCUUUAGUGAAACCCGACAACAAUUCUCAUCUUCGACGCAAACGCCUCCCAAUUCUGCCUUCUUUUCCAUGGACUUGUUUCGCAAUACUUUAGUUUAA